CUUUUCUUUCCCACUCGCUGGACCCCUGACAUAUGCUAUAGAGACGAUUCACCACACUCCUCCCAAUCCAGUUCCAGCUCGUCAUCGUCUUCAGAAGAAUGGUCGACCCAAGAAAGAAAAGCAAGAAUAAUGCAGAAGAUUGAUGAUGCUAUUU